AUGCCUCCGAAAGGCCCACAGGGUGGCAAACAGCAGCCUGGCAAGGGCGGCAAGGAAGACGAAUCACCUGAGACAGAGCUAUUACCGGAGGUGCCGCCGCCGCCGCUCUCUCAAGUUUGGUUUUUGGCGUGGCUGCAUCUUAUGCGAUUCGUCCUCGAGCACGGAGUAGACGUGAUUGGCGAGCUCUCCUCCGACCCAGAGCAAAAUGUCGCACUGCCGCUCAUCCCGGAUGCACAAGCCGAAGCUUCUACAGUGCGGGUGACGGACCUUUGGCCGCCCUACAAGGAGUGGUGGCUACCAGAGCUACGUGUUCUGGUCGAAGAGGCCUACGAAUACGGGACUGGCACUAAGCGCACUGGCCGACGCACCUAUCGCGACCUCCCGCCGUGCCGUUACCAGGGCCGAUUAAUGCCACCCCGGAUCAGCGGCUGA